AUGUUGCGUUGGCUGGAGGAACAUCUCCGAGGCCCUGUUUCGGGCCCGGAGGGUCCUAUCCUCUGGGCUGCCUUGUGCCUGGGGUUCUUCUUUUUGCUCAGGGCCUCAGAAUUUUUACCCUUGGGGUACAUCCCAUUUUCCCGUCAAUUAAAGGGAAGACAAGUACUCCUUUUCAGCAAAGGGGAGCAAUGCGACCUCCGCAACCUGGGGGAAGCCGAUGAGAUCCGGCUCCAGCUGAACGGUAGCAAAACCAACUAUAAUCUGGAGACUCACCGCAACCACUACAAGACCGGUGAGGCCGUCUGCCCUGUCUUGGCGGUCAGACAGUUCUUCCAGAAAUACCCGAAUCGAUACUUGGGCGGCGUGGAGGCAGAUGAGCCACUAUUCCGAACACCGGAAGGCUGGGAUAUCCCACGCGAGGCCGUGCAGAUGCUCCUGCGCCGUGCGGCCGAAGCCUGUGGUGUGGCGGGCCAUCUAGGCUCGCACUCUCUUCGUUUUGGGGGCGCUUCGGCUCUCUGGGCCGCCUAUAAAGACGCCUCAGUGGUCAGGCGCUACGGGCGUUGGGCUUCCGACGCCUUCCACACUUAUUUGUGGGAGGACCGCGAAUACUCGCGCGGUAUGUCGGAGUCCAUGAUCAAGACAAGCCUUACGCCUACGUUAGCCAAGGCCAACUUGGAUGAAGGCAACUGGCAGGCCUGCUUGGCACAGGUGCAAGAGCUCCAAGAAGGUGGCAUUGCACCAGACCCACAACUCCUGACCACCGCGGCGGUGGCGUGCGGAAAGAGCUUGCAGUGGCAGCAUGCGCUGCAGCUGUUGACAGAGGCAGAUUGGCGCGCGCAGCGUGACGUGGGCUUUCGCAGCGCGGUGGAGUACACCCUGCGUCGAGCCAAGCAAUUUUUCGCUGCGGAGGUGGUGCGACACGGACGUCCAGAGGCAGCCCCUGAGUUCCGAGGCGUCGAGCAGCCCUUGAGUCGCAAGGCGCGCUUGGCCCAGGCGGUGACGCGCCUGGCGGCGUGCCCUGCCGGCGCCUGGGCAGAGGCCUUGGGCGUCCUGGAGGACGUGUGGCGACAUCGUCGCGCAGUGAAUGGCCAGUGUUUGCGACACGCCAUCGAAGUCUGUGGUGAGCAGGCUUGGCGUUGGGCCAUCUACAUCUUAGACCAAGCCUGGGCAAGGGGUCCCCCGCCCAGCGUGGAGAUCAUGAACGCGGUGCUGGGCACGCUGCGGUUGGCCUGGAGAAGCGCGGUGCAGCUUCUGGAGGAACGAAGACAUGCCACGCCAAAGGAUCGCGUGGUCCGUGUUUUCUUGCAGCAGAUGCUUGGACCUAGGCGUAUUCCGCCACUUCCAAAUGUCCUUGUGUACUUGUUGAGCUAUAACCUGGUAGCAGCCGCUGGCACAGAACGGUGGCUCACGUGA